AUGGCGAGAGAGAACAAUGUGACAGAAUUCAUUCUGCUCGGCCUGACACAGGACCCGGAUGUGCGGAGACUCCUCUUUGCUGUGUUCACAAUCAUCUACCUGCUCACCUUGGCAGGAAACCUACUCAUUGUCCUGACUGUCACCAGCAGCCCAUCCCUGGGAUCCCCCAUGUAUUUUUUUCUGUCAUUCCUGUCCAUCACAGAUGGAAUCUUCACAUCUACCAUCGCGCCCAAAAUGAUAAUUGACCUACUGGCUGAAAAGAAAACCAUCUCCUUCCGUGCAUGCAUGACUCAGCUCUUCACAGAGCACUUCUUUGGAGGUGUUGAGAUCCUUCUCCUCAUGGUGAUGGCUUAUGACCGCUAUGUGGCCAUCUGCAAACCCCUGCACUAUAUGAUCACAAUGAAUCGACACAUGUGUGGUCUCCUGGUGGCCCUGGCCUGGGCUGGAGGACUGCUUCAUGCUGUGAUUCAAAUGCUUUUUAUAGUCUGGUUGCCCUUCUGUGGUCCCAAUGUGAUUGACCAUUUUAUGUGUGAUCUUUUCCCUCUGCUAAAACUCGCUUGCAUGGACACACACAUCUUUGGACUCUUUGUUGCUGGCAACAGUGGACUGCUGUGUUUGCUCAUUUUCUCUUUUCUGAUCACCUCUUAUGGCCUCAUUCUUUGCUCCGUAAGAAGUCACAAGUCUGAAGGACAACAAAAGGCUCUUUCCACUUGUACAUCCCAUAUUACUGUAGUCACCUUAUUCUUUGUACCCUGUAUAUUUGUGUACUUUCGACCCACAAUCACCUUGCCCAUUGACAAAGCAGUGGCUGUGUUUUACGCUAUGGUUAUCCCCAUGUUAAACCCUCUAAUCUACACCCUCAGAAAUGCAGAGGUGAAAAACGCGAUGAGGAAGCUCUGGAGCCACAGAGUGAUUUUAAGUAAAAAUUCAAAUGAUUAG